AUGUUCGAUGUCGACUGGAUGAGCCUUGUGCUCCCUUUCGCCUACCUUACGGUCCUCGGCGGCGUCUUCAUGACCUUUUCCACAAUUUACAGGAAGCGCAAAGCCACCCAGAGCGCCAACCUUGCUCCUUGGUUCGGUCCUCAUCUGCAGCGCAACAUCUACCUGUCGCUGCUGCACCUCGAAUCUCCGGAAGAGGGCGCCGAGAAGGCACCCAAAAUCCCCUCCACCGUCGUCAAAGCCGCCCUCCUCCGCCGCGCCGUUGAGGAUAUCCACCGUCUGGUCCAGAUCCGUUCCGCUAAGCAGGCCUGCAGCACGUUGCUGCAGCGGGGAAGCGUCGGUGAUGAUCUGUGGCAGCGCUUCCAGCGCGCAGAGAAGGAGAUGGAGGAUGAACUGCGCGACGUCGUGAUGGAGGCCAACGCUCUUGCCCCUAACUGGGGUCAGUCCAUCUUCCAGUCCGCCAACGAGAUUGCCGCCAACACCAUUGUGCGCAACCGCCUCGAGGAGGUCCAGAACACCGUCGAGCAGGAGAAGGCGUGGUGGGAGAAGCGCAGAUCGACUAUUCAGACCGAGUUUAUGAAGGAGCUCGACGAGUCCGAGAAGAGCUCGACCGCCCCGCCUAGUAUCGAUGGCGACGCCGUUCUCGUUGACUCUACCGCCUCUACCACCAGCACACCCUCCAAGAAGAAGAAGGGCAAGAAAUAA